CCGUGCUUUCCCACAAUGCUUCGCGCUCCUCAGCCCGCCCCCUCUGAUGAGCGCUCUUCCGGUCCCGGAGAUCACGUGGGCAUAGUUCUGCGCUCUGAUUGGUCAGCCGCUCCCGGAAGAACACGCCGGGCGGAAGGGCUGGAGGUGGCCGUCGCCAUGGCCACGGCGACGGACCGAGCGGUGGGGUUCGGCCUGGUAGCCUUCAGCCUCAUUCUCUUCGUGUACUACACGCUGUGGAUCAUCGUGCUGCCCUUCAUUGGCAGUGACCACAGCAUCCACCAGUACUUCUUGCCCAGGGAGUAUGCAGUUAUCAUCCCCGUGGUGGCUGGGCUGCUGCUGCUGCUAUUUAUAGGUGUUUUUAUAAUGGUUGUGAUGUGGAAGAGCAGAAAACCUGCCAGGAAAUCUGACUGAAGGCCCAGCUGAGAGAUGGAGACAAGGCCCCCACCCUGCAGCACCCAGGCUUGGAGGAGCCAGCCUGCAGCACCAAGCAGCCCCCUCCUCCAGAGUGCUCUCGAAGCAGCAGCAGCACCAAGCUGGCUGCUCUGUCUCCCACAUUCCUUCCUCCAAAGACGCAGACUUGCAUAGUUUACAACUUACUGACUAAAGGGAAGCAAAACUGACUUACAGGACUUACCAGGAGAGGGACCAGAGCUCCAGCUAGGACAAAUCUGCACCCUGGCUGAGGCUACAUGCAGCAGCUCUGCUGGCUGGAAUCUGUCAGGGUUUAGCAGCUGUAAUUGCAGAGUAUGAGCUCGGUUUUGGCCCCCAUCAGGUGCUUGGUCUCUGGGUAAUCUUUCCCCUCUGCUCUUGCUGCAUACAGUAGUUUAUUCCUUCUGGGAUUAUUUUUUUUUAAACUGGAAGAGCUGAUGAUGGUGCUGUGAGCUCUCAUAUUGCUGAAGAGGGCCCUGUGAGCUGUGCUUGUAGAGCACGUGCUGCACCCACAUCCCCUCCUACAGUCACCCAACUGAGCACACAGCACGCCCUGCGUGGCAGAGGAAGCAUUUGGCUCUACUGCCACUGACUGCAGCUCUCAUCACAGCUGCCAGCUGCAGCCUGGGCUCCUGCCUGCACUGCCUGCACUGACCCGGGCUGCCAGCAGCUCCCAGUGGCUGUAGUGAGCUACAUUUAUCCUCAAUAAAGGUCUCUAAGGUC